AUGGCAAAGCGUUAUUUCAGACAUUUUGAAAUGUUCAAGCGCGUCUUGGACGAAGAGGGGGAAGCUACCAGCAUCUCAGAAAGAAGUUUCCAAGCUCGUUGCGUGGUCCGAGGAUUCGGAUCCUAUGUGGUCUUCAUAUGCUUGUUCAAAUGGGUUCUUCGGAUCGACCAUGUUCCCUUGCUUUCAGCUUCAGCAAAGGGUGGGUGUCGAAAAAUGGGAAGAACAGAUCGUCAAGGUUUCAACCAGAAAGAGCCGAGAGAACUCCUAGACAAGAAGCCGGGCGAGCUGAGGUUGUAUAACAAGAGACUGGAGAAGGUACAAAAAAGCCGGUAUGGGCUAGAAUGCGAGGCCAUAACAAAGGAAAUUUUCAUUGUCAGAGUCAGGAAUUUGUUGGCGGAGGGAGCUAACGAGGAUAUCGAAGAACCAAGUCUGCUGGAAAGAUGGGUGCGACCUUGGCUCUGA